AUGGCAUCCAUUAAUCAUCUAGCAGAAGACUUGAUCUUCGAAAUUCUCUCAUGGCUACCCGUGCUUUCACUCCUUCGAUGCAUAUCUGUAUGCAAAUCAUGGAAAUCAAUCAUCUCAAACCCUAAAUUCAUCCAAGCCCACCUUGCCAUUUCUCAGCAAAAACAACACCCCUUUUCAACACUCAGGGUUGUGACGAAAAGUGAUGAAUCGCAAGAUCUCUUUAUGGACACUCUUGGCGAAAAUUCGGUUAAGCUCAGUCUCCCGAGGUAUAUAGCUUAUGAGCGGCGGCUGCUUAUUUGUUCUUGUAAUGGUCUUGUUAUUCUUAGUGAUAGACAUGUUGUUUUGUUAUACAUUUGGAAUCCGUUGAUUAGGUUGGGUAAGUUACUUCCCCCGGCUCAUUACUUGCAUAUUGGGGUCGUAAAUAAAAUUGGAUUUGGUUUUGAUUCUCUGAGCAGUGAUUAUAAGAUUCUUAGGGUUCUGUUUGGUAGAUUUAGUGACCUUUUCGAUGGUGAAGAGAAAAAGGGUUUAGUGGCGGAGUUGUACUCCUAUAAUGCGGAUUCCUGGAAACCGAUUCAGGUUCCUAAAGAAAUUCAAGGUUUCAAGUUUGAUCCUAUCUCAGAAUGUGUUUGUGUUGAUGGUAGGGCACUGUGUCUCCCUGGUACGGAUGGAAUUCUGUCGUUUGAUUUGCAUGAUGAGGUGUUCAGAAUGCAUAAGUAUCCUGCCUCUGGUGAAAUAAUAUCGGAGGUCUUGGACUUUGAAGGUUCAAUUGCUUUGAUCCUGAGAUCAGGGGAGAGGGCAUCCGUGCUGACUCUGUGGGCGUUGGAUGAGGUUGAAGGAAACCUCUCAUGGACUGAAAAGUUUAAUAUUAUAGAGCCUGCUAAAAGGAUAGCUUAUGUUCUUAUAUAUCUCGGCGAUGGAAAGUUUGUUGCACGAGAUCAUUCUCGUGCAUGCUUCUUUUAUGAUAUGAAGAAAGGAACAUUUGUUCAAUUCAGAAUACAUAUGUCAGCAGUUCAAUUCAGUGGGAGCCUUCUGUCACUUAAAGGCUUUGAACGACAAGAUUAA